GAACCCCUAAUAAUAAUAAUAAUAAAAAUCCUAACAAUUACAAUAGGGUUUCAGCACUGCGUGCUUGAACCCCUAAUAAUAAUAAUAAAAAUCCUAACAAUUACAAUAGGGUUUCAGCACUGCGUGCUUGAACCCCUAAAAAUAAAUAUAAUCCCUCAGAUUGCAGUUCAGUGCUGAAUAAUUCUAAACGGAACCAACAACAAGAUCAUGAAGUGUUUUAUAGACUGUACUUGCGUUCACAUAUAGUCUCCGGAAGGUGGCGGUAUGGAGCCACCAGUUCUCUUUUACUUUCAUUGGCUGCGAAGAAGAGCGGAACCGCUGAGAUGUUGCUGUGGAUACGUGAAGUUUACAACUCUCGAAGUCAGGCUUUUUAAGAUGUCUCCAUCACUGAUUGGUGUUUAGAGCCACUUUCCAUCCCGGUCUACAUUCACUAUGCUGCAAGCAGAGACCCUCCAACUUCUGUGCCUGACAUCCACCAGUGGGGUCCCUCUGUUCUCACGAGGCUCCGCAAAGCAGCUUCCCUUUUCCAUCAUCGGCUCCCUAAAUGGUGUCCAUAUGUUUGGCGCCGGCCACGGGGCUCAGUUAAUGAGCUGUGAGACAGAUCGAGGGAGCCGUGUGGUCUGGGGGGUCUUUCAGGAGAGCCUGAUGCUGAUUGCGGUGAGCGGCGGCGGGGGUCCUGCCAUCAGUGAGCUGCAGCUGCGCCGCCUGCUGGAGAAUGUGUGGAACUGCAUGGUCCUGGUCCUGGGACAGGACGAGCUGGCAAACAUGCGCAAUGUGGAGCGGCUAAAACGGGAGUUGCGUUCAUGCUACCGCCUGAUUGACCUACUCCUGGAGCGCGUCAGUGACGAACAGGGAUUCAUGGGAGAUCUGACGCAGUGCGCUGACUGUUUGCUUCUCUCCAACUCAGGCUUGCUUCAGGAAGCCCUAGACUCCUUUACACAAGCAGCGGAGAGUGAAUUUGGCUGUCUGCUGGUGCACGGCCGUGUGGCACAGGCCACGGAGAAGUGGUGGUCUCGACUGUCGUCCCAGGAAGUUGUUGUGCUCUCAGUCUUGGUGCACUCGCUCUCCGGCGCAUCUUCAUGUGACUACCCCGUCUUCCUUCCCCAAGGAAGUCCUACCGUCGCAAUUCGCUUACUCAGUUUCCAGCUACUGCCUGGAGUUCACGUGUGCGUCCUCUGUGGCCCCAAACCCUCUUUAUACAAGGCAGAGAAUGAGCUUAUCGGUCGUUUUUGGUCCCCUUUUGUGGAGAACCUGCGUAGCUGUUUGGAGCAGGCCAAACAUUCUACUCUUCCCCCGUCUGUUAGCCUUCGCUGGGACAUCCAGGCGCUUCUCCUCAUCAACCGUGAAUCUCGCCGUGCCGUCACCGUCUGCCCUCGGGUUCGCAGUGGCGCUCCUUCGGAGGCUACGCCUCUCCUCUCGUCAGGCAGGCGCUUGGAGCUCCUCCGUCUUUUUUAUACAUUUGCUAUGACUCGAUAUUUUAACCCUCAGGAGGUAUCAGUCUCAUCAGCCUUGACUACCUCAGAGGAUUUCUCUCAGGGUUUUACCCACGUCCCUGUGCAGUGUUACCUUGUCACAGAUGAGUGUAAGUGUUAUGGCCUGCAGAGUUCCCAACACCAGCUCUUCCUCCUCAUGGAUCUCUCUGUGCCCACGUUUGCCUUGCGUACUGUGGCUACACAGACUCUCUCAGCGAUUACUGCUGCAACUGGUUUUUAGAGCACUGGUUUGGACAUGUAUGGGUUACUUAACCAGUAACCAGAUUUACUGGAUUUGCAAAAAUGAACAGCUCAAGCAUUAUUAAUAGUAGAGAAUAGUUCACAUAAAAUUACAACACUGUCAUCAUUUUCUUACCCUCUUGUCCUUAUAUGACCUGUUUGAGUUUGUGUUUUCUUUCGAAAAACAAAUCUUCCAAAAAUAGUCCAUACAAUAAAAAAUUUAAAAACAUCAGUGAAUUACAUUGAGAGAAAAUGGCAAGACAUGUUUCCAAAUAUCUUCUUUUGUAUUGACAUGCAGAUUUGGAGCGACAUGAGGGUGAGUAAAUGAUGACAGAGCUUUCCGUUCGGGUGAACCAUCCCUUUAACUGGUCACUGGCAAUUUCUGGCUGUGAUCAUCAGGCUCAUGCCUUGUUGUAUAUUAAUCAAAAGAAGACUUUUUGUCUAUGUAAGCCAUUUAUUAAUAUUACUGUAAUGUUAUUUCUGCAUCUACUAAUACAGUUUUAUUUUUAAAGAAGAUUAUAGUAUGAAUUAAAAAUUGAACAAUACAGCAGAUUUAUAAAUUAACAUAUGCAUACACAUGCUGUAUGCAUAAGGAAUAAAAAGGAUUAUUCAUUGUUAGUUAGUGAUACCUACUGCAUUAACUAACAAAUUGAACCUUAUUGUAAAGUGUUUCUAAUAUUCCUUUACUGUAACUGUUUAAGUACUUAGGUGUUGGAUAAAAAAAGGGUAUAAACAGAUGUGAUUCUAGAAAGUGAAUCAAAAUAUAGACUCAAAAGCACUUAAUGACUACUGUAUAACUGUUUAUGUGUAGCGUUCACACUGUGAUACACAUACUUUGUGUUGUUAUGAAACAUUGAAUGGAAGCUGUGUUUGGCAAUGAGGACCAACAUAACAUUAUUUCGAAAGCUGUUUAUGUGAAUUUUCACUUAAUGACACUGGUGAACAAAUUAGUUUUAUAAUAUGUUUGAAAUUGUGGUGUGAAUUUAUACAUAUGCAUCUUUAGAUUUUUUUUUUGUUUCCUUACGCUGCAGUUAUAUUUUCAUGUUUCAGCACCAACAAUGGAAUAAAAUCAUUCUGUAUUA